AUGACCCGCGUGGAGGCUCCCGGAGAGUCUGAGCUUCGAUCUCUGCUCAAAACCUCCAGGACUGAAAUAGCCGUGGCCGUGCACGACCUGUUCCCUCUGCUGUACGGACUGCUGGACCAUGACAUCAUAUCUGAGCCACUGUUCGGGGAGACUCUGGAGAGGACGCAGAAGGACGGGAUCCAUAAAGCCGUGUACUCCCUCCUGACCCGGCUCCUGGAGCAGGACGGCUCCGUUCUCCAGGCCUUCUGGAACAAUCUGUCCAAAGAGUACAAUCAGGAGAGCUACCCGAAACUGCAGCGCCUGCUCGCUAACUUACCCAGAGGACUGAAUUUGGGAAGCGGGGAUGUUAAAACGCCUACUGGCAAGAGGAGAACGAUCGCUGAGAAGCAACUCUCACUCCGGCGCCAACACUACAGCAAAAAAAGCCUGCACGCCAACUCAGGAGCUAAAGGAAAGUCCAUGAGGAAGACGGACAGCUCGUCUGUCUCUCAGGUCUCAGUGAGCAAUGGUGUGCAGUCGGUGUCCACGUCAGUCCAGCGUGCUGUGACCGUCUCUAGUGGGGAGCGUCCCAUGGAGGAGAUCCUCAUCCAACAAGUCAUUGAGAGCGGAGGAGCUACACAGUGUAUUAAGGUGGGGGGAGAGUUUUACCCCUCUGCUAAACUGGAGGAGAAGGUCAGUGGUCCUGGAGCACAGACAGGACAGAGUCACAGACAGCAGCAGGGGGAGACAAACACCAGAACAAGCAAUGUAGAACAUAACGAUGAUGAGUGUGCGAUGUGUAAGGAUGGCGGCGAGCUGAUUUGCUGUGACGGGUGCCCUCGUGCUUUUCACCUCUACUGCCUGGUGCCGCCCCUCAACGCCAUACCCAGCGGGACGUGGCGCUGUACAUCCUGUACCCACGGCAGAGCGAUGCCAGAGAAGCUGUACCCAUCAGCUCAGGUCCCUCAGCCUCAGACUCAUCCUUCAGUAGCGGAGGGCGGCUCCGGCUCCAGCUCCGGCGUGGACUUCACUUUCUUCUCCUCCGCCUCACUGGCUACGUCACUCGCUACAGGCAACACGAACCCACAGCCAGCAGCGUUUCACUCUCCGGACUCCGAGCUGGUGACCGUCAGGAAACACUGUGGAAUCUGUCGCCUGAGCCGAGGAGAGCUGCUCGUCUGCCCUCAGUGCCUGCAGAGCUUCCACUCGCACUGCAACUUCCAAAGUGGGAGGUCGAGAUGCAGAACAUGCUUGAGGGCCACGACUUGGGGGCCAACAGAGACCGAGACGACAUCCAGAGCUGCUCGUCCCUGCGAUCAGGUCUCGGCUCAGACUGACCAGCAGAUCCUGAACCGAGAGGAGCUGGACUCGUACAUGGGGGAGAGCUCGAUCGACGGCAUCCUGCACUGGGCCUUUCACAACAUCUCCCGACCCCUGUCCGAGUCUCAGGGCUACUUCCAGUGACUCCAUGAUGGUCGAAUCGUUGGACAGGAAUUUUCCACUCAGUUCCAUUUGAAGGUUCCUGUUUUAGCUCUUCAUCACAGAGCCCCGGGGUUCGUUUCAGCUAAAAUAGCUCCAUUAU